GAUUAUCACGUGGUAUAAUGUAUAAUAAUCAAUAUAAUACAUGUAUCGAAAUCGACGUUUGUUUAUGAUAAUGUAGAUCUUCCCGCUUCCCGGCAGGGGAGCCGGCACGCGUGCCAGACUCCUACAUUCACGAGAGAGAGAUGAAACCUUGCCCUGUCAUCGCACGCUUCCCGGGCGUUCUGCGUUCAGAUGAGAAUUAUUCUUACGCCGUCUCGUGCUAAAUUAUCAUUGUAACGAAAUAACGAGGACCAGCGUUUUGACUCUAGUAUUGAAUUUCUGAAAUUUACUCCGUUUUUAUCAGAAAUGUAACGAGUUUUUUUGGAAAAUUAUUCUAUGAAGAUUGUGAUAAAUUUUAAACCAAAGUUUGCGUCAGCUGUGUAAAUAAUUGUAUUUAAAAACGUUGUAUAUAUGUCGUUUGUAUAAGUAUAAUUCGUACACAAUCAUUAUGUUCGCUUUAAUUAAUUUGUGCAUAUGUCUUUACUUAUUUCGAUUUGCAAGUAGCUCGACAUUGACAGCACCUCCUCUGUCAGCUCUAAUAAUUGCGUUUGAGAGCGUGCACGAUUUAUCGUUACUUGCUAAUACUUUGUCGGAUCAAGGAAUCGACACGACGUUAAUAAUACCGUCCUAUGCUGCUAAUGAUCUUUAUAAUAAUCUAAUUGAUGUUGAAGUAUUGCAACUGAAUGUUAACUUUGAUAAAUCGAUGUCUGUUGAUACUCGUGCGUUAGAAGCCUGCAGUAGUCUCUUCAAAGAUGAAGAAAUAUUAAAAAAGAUACAGGAAUUUCAAUCUACGUUUACCAUAUUUCCAGCAUUAAGACACGACGGCUGCUUACUUCCAUUUGCUAAACAUAUCGAAUCCAUUCCAGUAAUUUGGAUAAAAAAUCCAGAUGAAGAACUAUAUGCCUUUGAAUGUACCAGAGUUGCUCUGCCGAUACAUAGUGGUGGAUUCUGGUCGAGACUCUCAACAAGUUUUGCAGGAAGAUCCAUAUUCUCUACUGUUAAAAAUGGCUACCUAACUCCUGCUUUAAAAUUAACAACCAUACGCCUACCAGAUGUUAAUUUCGACUUGGAUCAUCUUUAUUCUGAUGUCCGUCUAGUACUCUGGGGAGCUGAUACAGUGUUGCGUUCCAAUUUUGCAUUUUUGACACAAUUACUCGUAGAGGUUGGCUGUCAUCAUUGUAGAGGUGCACAUCCUUUAUCAAAGGAUUUACAAAAAUCAAUGGUUGAACAUAGAAUGGGCACUAUUGUUGCUCUAUUAGAUGAGAAUUACGAGACUUUGAUACAAGAAUUGGCAAAGAAAUUGCCCAAAGGCAGGGAAGGUCAAGCUGUUGUAUGGAAAAUUGACAAGGAUGAUACAAAUGUCGCUGUGCCAGAGAAUCUUUUUAUUCACAGAGAUAUCGACCGACAAGACCUCAUAGGUUACAGCCGAACCCGAAUAGUAUUGAGUCAUUGUACCGAUACGGAAUUCUUGGAAGCUGCCUUUCACGGGACACCCGUGAUAUGUCUGCCGAGGGACACGCACGAGUCUCUCAAUAGUGCCCGCGCAGUCGAGUUGGGCUUUGCACGUUCCACGGAGGACGCUUAUGUCUCCGCCGAGGAGAUAGCAAACAUGGUGCACGAGAUACACGAGACAGCCGCUUAUCGCGAGAACGCGCGAAAAGUCUCCUUGGCUAUACGCGAUAGACUCAAUCCUGCCUCCGACAGGCUUGUUUAUUGGCUGGGUUACAUAGCGAGAACGAAAGACGACAGCAGAAAAUUUCACAGACCAAAGAGCCAUGCGAAGACACUUACAGAGGAUAUCCAGUUCUUCGUCGGUCUUUUGGUAGGCGUGAUCUUCGGGAUCGUCUCCACGGGCAGCGCGGUGGUCAUGCGAUAUCUAAUUACGGCCAACAAAGUGCAAAAAUCAAAGGGGCGAUAUACACGAUGAACGUGACGUCGAGAUUUGGCAUACAGUUGUGGUUUGUGGACAUUUCUGUAUAUGUAUAUUUAUAUAAAUGCACGUAGAAUACAGGUACAUACGAAUACAAAUAUUUUACGAACUAGGAUUUACCUAACUAGUUUACGAACUAGUUAGAGCGCGAAGAGAUGUUGUUUUAUUAUUACUAUUAUUUUUACGAGAAUAUACUUUCUCAUAAUACAAUUGAGAAAACUACGAAUAUAAUGAUGUGAUGUAUUAUCGUGAAGAAAAUAAAUUACACAGUUUCAAUACUGAUUUCUGUAUGUCGUUGACAUGAGCGUUCCUUCGUGUUCACGUUUAUCGCUAAAUUCUUAUAAUAUUACGGACGAAUCGCGAUGUCUGCUACACAUUGCUUAAGGUCGUAUCCUAAACAAAUAAAUCAUAACAGAUAUAUGUAACUUCGCGAAAUAAAUAAUAUAUUAGUGGCUCAUAUUCACAUGAUGUAAUAUUCAC